AUGAUCAACUCUAAGUUAGAGAAGGCUGAGUUCAUUCAGAAGCGGAUGCAGACAUUUCUUACACUGGAAUCAGAGCUGCAGUUAGAGAAGAAUACUGAAAACAUCGAUCAGCUCAAGCAGGUGAAAGAAGCAUCAGAGGACCUGAAGAAUCAGCUGGAGAACAAAAAUCCAGAGAUGUCCAAAUCUGAGACGGAGCUGGAUGAAAUCAUUCAGAGGCUGACGCAAACAUUUCCUACACUGGAAUCAAAGCUUUGUGAAACUGUCAGUCAAGUCCAGGGAGAUAAAGAGAAGAUGGAGAGACUGAACAAUGAGCUCGACUCCACAAAACAACAGCUUUCUGGAAACAUCAGUCAAGUCCAGGAAGAGAAACAGAAGAUGGAGAGAGAAAUGGAGAGACUGAGAAAUGAGCUCGAUUCCAGAAACCAACAG